CACAUCGCGACAGCUUGAUUCACGUUAAUUGAAAAGCGUCUUUCUUAGACAAGACGAGCAAAAUGUUUGUGCUUAUUUUGUGGGAGGAUAGUAAAGAGAAGGACGUUGUAAGCCCAGAACACGUGAAAAAGAGGAAGGGUAAAAUUGUAGCGAAAUGGGGAAGCGGCUGGUUUCCAGCGAAAAUCGUGAAAAAAAGCGAAGACAAAAAUUGGCUGGAAUCUUUGGAGGUUACCACCAGAAGGUGAAAUCGUAACUCCUGAAAAAAGAAUGUCAAUUUCAAGCGACUUGAUGGCAGAACGACGGAAUCAUCGUCUAAUUAUCAAAGAGAGGGAAUCGCAGAGACAAGAAGUGAUGGCGGAUUACAAUAAAGAACUCAUGAAAAAAAGCUCUAUAUUCAAUGAUGAUUCGGAAGCGGAAUAAUCUGAUCAAGCUAGCAAGUAUAAGGAUGGUGAUGAUAACGAUAGUUCAUCCGUAGAAAACGGGCUUGAGUCAUCCAAACGCGAAAAAAAUGCCGACAAAUCGCACGAUAAAAAAGUUGAUCAUUCGGCUAAAGAUGUUCCCGAGACCUCAAAUCACGACAAAGAUAGAAGAAAAUUGCAAGAUGAAAUCACUUGUGUCUGCGCAAAUAUACCCUUAGUGUCGAAAGAAGACUUGGAUAAAUUAGAAGUUGUUGUCACUAGCCCGAGCCAUACAUGCAGUGCUAACUAACUUACCUGAGGUUACACUGCAAGAGAAUCACGAUGUCGCUGGGCAAAACGAAAUAAAAAAUGAAUCUUCUAUUGAAAUGGACACUGAUGUUGAAUUGAUAAAAGGCUCAGGAAUCAUCGUGAAUGCGUGGAAGCUUCGAAGUAUCAAGAACACGUACAGCAAAAAUCCGAAAGAGAUGGCUCGCAAACUCAUGAAAAUGAUUAUUGGAGUUGAACAAUUAAAGAAAAGUUCACCAACUGGAAAGAAUGGCAGAAUUCCUAUUCCAACAGACGUGUUUGAAGAAUUCGUAAAUGACAACGUAGCAAAAAAGAAGUAUCAAAUUAAUGAUAUGAAAAAAAUUAUCAACGUAGAAUGUGAAGAAGUCAAACCUGAUAAAAAGAACAAUAAAGAAGAAGCUACGGCAUCGAAAGAACAAGAUGAUUUUGAGCAAGACUUAGAAGAGCUAUCAGAUGGCGAUUUUGAGAAAGACUUAGAAGAGCUAUCAGAUGGUGAUUUUGAGAAAGAAAGUACUGAAAUUAAGAAGAAUAAGGAAACCAAGAACGAUGAAAAAAUUGAAUAUGAUAAGAAAUCUGAAGAAAAGAAGAAACAAAAACGCCCACGCAAAACUCAUCCUCCGGAAACGCUUCAAACUACAAAUAGCACAAGAGUUAUGCGAGAAAAGAAUCCUAAAAGUAAUCUCCAGUGUCGAUUUGCCAAAGCAACCUUUUGAAAAAAAAAAACGCGCACCAAAUAGUUAUUUUGCAAAAAAUUAUCUUAUAGUAUAAUAAUAAAUCUUCUUGCUUAAGUUGGUUACAUAUUUGUAUGCAUAGUGAUAUUUUGGAAAUAGUUCAACUAAACUUUGUCUGAAGUUGAUAUAAAGUUAUAAUAAAUUCAUUAAAAAAUACUUGACAUUUACGCAAUUUUCAUAAACUUUCAAAAUACUGUGGGCUAAGUUUAAACAAACUAGGGGUGAAGUUUGUCCAAACUUUUGAAUGAAGUAAAAAUCCAAGUUUGGCAUAGUCCCAUUGGCUACAUUUAGAUAAGGUUUGGCUGAACAUGAACUUUAUAUAAAGUUUAUACACACAUUGGCGAUUUUUACGCGGUAGUCGCACCUUUUGUGGUAGACUAGACGGCUGUUUUUUCGCUUGUUUCUUGGGGAUAUCACGGUCUUUCUAAUCCAGAAAAAUAGUGAUAUCUUUUUAAAAACUUGAGAACUAUAGCAAUUUAUGAAAUUUUAUUUCGCGCUUAUAAAUUGAGGGUAGCGCAAACUCCACAAUGCCUUUCUCUUGCGGAAAAUAAAAAUGGCUUUUGUAAUAUCAACACGCGGAGAAAAAGGCGAAGCGGCAAAUCGCGAAAUUGAACGAGCGCCACUAUACCGCAGCGCACACAAAUAGGUAUACCA